AUGGACAACCUCUCCAUCACAGAGCAGAACCAACUCAAGCAGCUCCUUGAGCGAAAGCUCCAGGGCAUUCCCUUCGGUCACGUCGACAUCACCUUGGAAGACAUCGCCAACUUAUCCCUAAAAGCUCUCCAGCUACCAAACAUCCCGCCCGACAUCCAACUAGACUACUUCCUCCGCAACCGCUCCACCAUGCUGCAACACUUCGAUCUUCCCCACAAAUCCAUCACCGAGCAAUCCCUCACGCUCACGCGGGCAAUAUUCUUCUACCGGCUCUCCGAGCGCCACCAAUUCUGCCGCUACCAUGACCCCAUGCGCUGGAACACCCUUCUCUUCAUAACCCUGCUCACCGUCUCCCCAUCUUCCUUCCGGACCCUCUCAGCGAAGGAAUUCGCCAUCUCGUACCUCUUCGCAGUUCUCGAACACCAUAACAACCCGGGUAGGUUUGACAUGCGAGAGAAUUUUAUCAGGGUAUGGAAGUCUGGGAAGUAUGAGUUUUGGCGGUUUACGGCGAGUCAGGCGAAGGUUUUAAAGAGAGAGAGUAAGAGGUUACAUGAGGACAUGGAGAGAGAGCUAGAUAUUGCGAGGUAUCAGGUUGGGGAGGCUGAGUAUAUAGAUUUUGUAGCAGGGUUUGUGGGGAGUUUGGUUCCAGGGAGGAAGGAUCAGAGGGUGCGUUGUUAUCCGGGUGGGGAAGAAGCUAGUGAAGAGAAUGGGGAUGAUGCUUUUGGUAUAAAGGAGGAUGAGGAUGAGGAAGAGAAGAUGGUACAUAUUGCGGAUAACUAUAUGCUGAAGGCGCUGAGGGUGCCGAUUCAGGAGCAUGAUAUUGGGGAACCGGAAGAGUGUGGUCCGGAGAAUAGGGUCGCGAAGAUUGAGACUUCGAUUGACGCCCUGAAGAAGGUCAAGGCUAGAGAUAUCUUGCUAGAGCUUCUGAAUCUGUUUACUUGA